UAUGUAUUUAAAAAGUUUGGGACUUAAGGAGCAAUUAACUGAUGUUAUUAAUGAUUUGGAAUUGUUAAUUAAACAGAUACUCGAAUGUUUAUAUAUUGACAAGAAAUUGACAGAAAAUGAACUUCAAUCAAAUAUUUCUUUUAUUCUUGAGCAGUACAAUCAGAAACAAGCGGAAUUUGUUGAUUUACUUAAUAGAGUAAAUGCACAUCAAGAACGAGAAACUUAUAUUCGAACAUUGGAAGGAUUGGUUGAUUCUCGAGAGAAUUUAAUUAGCAAAAUUGCCAGCGAACUUAAAAUUAUUGAUAAUUCUUUAGUUGAGGCAACAUUUCAGGCUGAAAAGAAACUAAAAUCAGUAAAACAAUCAGAAAUGAAUCGUGUUUUCUCUGAAGAUAUUGUUCGAUAUGCUCAUUUAAUAAGCAAGAAUAAUUCCGUUGCUUCCUCUGUUUAUUGGCAACAAGGAGAUCCAUCAAGGCCUUAUCCAACUGAAGCAAAUUUUAGAGUUAGUAAUUUGUUGUUGAGCAGAACACAACAAAUGAACCAAAUGAAUACAUCCACAGCUCUUUUUAACAUUCCUGGAAUGCCACGGCAAAAAACAUUUACUCCAAAUGCACGCACAGUUUCAUCCGCAAAUGUUUUUCUAAAUGCUUUAGGAGGAACUUCAACAGCAGGAAGUAGUGGUUCACCGAGAGGGCGGCCGCCAGGGAGUGGAACUGGUCCACGUCUCUCAUCUCCUGCUAUGCGUAAUAUUCCAAAAAUUUUACAAAGGAGCAGUUCACAACAAAGUCCUCGCUUCGGAAUAAUGAUGGGUGCUGCUGGAGGUAGUCAACAACAACAGCAAGGUCAAAUGGUCAGUCCAAGUACUGCUGCUACAAUGCAAGUUGCUGCUCAACAACAUCCUCAAGGUUCUUAUAUAAUGUCAUCUAGCCAACAACUUCAAAUGUCCAUAAAUUUGCCACCAGGAUUGAAACAACAACAAACUUCUAAUGAUGGAACAAUGCAAAUUCCAAAAGUUGAACAAAUGUCUUCUGAUUCAAGUUCUAGUUCAAGCAGUGGAGAUGAAGAGGAUGGAAAAUGACGGAUCAGAAAGUUUUUUGAAGUUAGGAUAUUUUUUGAAAUAUUUAAUUUCAAUAAUACUUUAGUCCAUGUUGAGUUUAUUAUCAGAAAUUGCCUGGUUAUUGAAAAUUAUUUCCUUUAUCAUCUACUGUCCUAUUCUGAAAACUAUGUUGAUUUUUUGUUGUUAACAGAUAAUCUACUUUGUUUUCAAUUUCUUUCCAAAAAAUUGUCAAGUAAUUUAAUAAAUUAUUUUUUAAUU